UGAAUCAGAAAUUGUGCACUGUAUGCAGGUUAUCCUGUGCAGGAAUAAGACAUAAGAAUGUAUGAUGGUCAUCAUCAAAAUCUCUGAAAAAUGCAGAUGCCAAUAAGUGCAGUAUCUUCACAUCUUCACAAGUUUUAAUUUGACCUGUGAAGAUAUGCUAUUUAAGGGUACUUAAUGUAGGUGUAACAGAAUUGUGCAUCUGUGCAACUCAAGAAUCCGAAGCAUGUCUCGCUGCACUGAUAGCACAGAACACUUGUUAAAUUAGCCAGUUUUUGUGGAAACACUAAUUUACAUAUGCUGUCUCCUACAAAAACUUGUGUUUAUAUCAGGCACAAUGUGCAGUCUUAAACGUAUUUGAUUGUCGCGAAUCCUAGUAAGAUAUACAUGCACACGCGUCGGCUUUAGAUUUAUUACCUUAUUUUAUGAUGUUAACAGGUGAAUAUUUUAGUGAUAAGAAUCAUUCAAGUCUUCAUGGCUUGUUUUUACCUUCUUGGCUUUACUAUUUGACUUGGCACAAAGAGAAAAACUUGGGAGUCAUGGAUGUGAUGUUCUUUGGCCGGAUAAUAAAAAAUUUAGUAUUAAAUAGCUGAUUACUUUUGUGGUUUCUUUUAACACAAAACUGUUAAAGAUGAUGAAAAUUUCUAUCAACUUUUUCCUUAGGCUGCUCAUAUUGAUUACUAUACUUGAUGCUCUCCUUUUCUGUUGCAAUUCUGAAGCACUAUGCAUCAAAACUGAGAGACAAGCUCUUGUGGAGUUUAAGCAAGAUCUGAAAGAUCCUUCCAACAGAUUGUCUUCUUGGGUUUCUGCAGAAUUGGAUUGCUGCAAGUGGGUUGGAAUCGUCUGCGAUAAUUUAACUGGUCACGUCACAAAGCUCAACCUCAGGAAUCCUCUGGAUCGUCUACAGGUCCAAUAUGACACCUAUGAAAGGUUCAAGCUACAGGGUACCAUAAACCCCUCUUUGCUCCAUUUGAAGCAUCUGAGUUAUCUUGACUUGAGCUACAACAAUUUCGGAGGUACUCCGAUUCCUAGCUUUGUUGGUUCUAUUGCAAGUUUAACAAAACUCGAACUUUAUGAAGCAGGAUUUCGGGGAUUAGUGCCUCAUCAACUUGGAAACCUUUCAAGUUUACAGGAGCUUGGGAUACGAGGAGCUUGUGUGUCGAUGGGUGAAGCUGAGGUGUUUGUUGAUAAUCUUCAUUGGCUUUCCCUUUUAACUUCUCUGCAGUACCUAGAUUUGAGUUGUGUGAAUAUUAGUGCAGCAUCCGACUGGCUGUCGGUGAUCAACACUCUCCCUUCUUUAUCAGAAUUAUACUUGUCCAAAUGCAAUCUUGACGAAUUUCCUUCUCCAAUGAAAGUUAAUUUUUCAUCUCUUUCUGUACUUGAUAUUUCACAGAAUGUUUUCGGUAGCUCAAUCCCCAACUGGAUUUUUACUCUCAGUAGUCUUACUUCUCUUGAUCUUAGCUUCUGUUACUUUGAAGGCCUUAUUCCCAGCGAAUUAUCUAGUUUGACUUCUCUGUUAAGCCUUGAUCUUUCUGCAAAUCUUCUCUUUGGUCCGAUUCCAUCCGGAUUCCAGAAUUUGACUAGUCUACAAAAUCUUAAUCUCUAUGGGGUCAAUCUCACCGGUUUCACCAUUCCUGAAUGGCUGUACACUUUUAGACAUCUCGAGAAUCUUGAUCUUUCUCAAACUAAAGUGCAAGGUGAAAUCUCAAGCGCCAUAGGAAACCUGACAGCGCUAGUUAAUCUCAAAUUGGCAUUCAAUGAACUUGUGGGAACACUUCCACAAACCAUGGGAACUCUUUGCAAUUUGCAAGUCAUUCGCCUGUCAGGUAACAAACUUGGCGGAGAGGUGUCAAAAGUUUUUGAAAGCUUUUCUGGCUGCAGUUCGCAGAGUCUAGAAGAGUUAUGGUUGGGAGACAAUAAUUUUUCAGGUUAUAUAGGUAGUGGAAUUGGACAACUAGGAAAACUUCAGACCCUUGAAUUAUCAAAUAAUUUCGUAUCUGGUCCUCUUCCUGAGUCUAUAGGAAGGUUAUCAUCCUUGAUUUGGGCCUUUCUUUCGAAUAAUAAAUUAUCUGGAGCUCUUCCUCUAAGUUUCGGAAACCUGUCAAAUUUGCAACAUAUUGACAUUUCAAACAACCUGUUAGAAGGGAUUGUCUCUGAAAUUCACUUCAUAAAUCUCACCAGUUUGAAUACAUUCGUUGCAUCUCAUAAUCAUCUGAGUUUAAGAGUUAAACCGGAUUGGAUUCCUCCGUUACGUCUCAAAGACUUGGGAUUAAGGUACUGGAAUUUGGAACUCCAGUUUCCCAUUUGGCUUCAGUCUCUAAAUAAUGUUGAGUACAUUGACCUGUCUAGCACACAGAUUUCAGAUAGCAUUCCAACUUGGUUUUGGAACUUAACUUCUCACAUCAAACAUUUAAAUCUCUCCAAUAACCAAAUCCAAGGUCAGCUUCCAAGUCAUAUCAGUAUUGAUUCAUUUUUCCCAACAUUUGACCUUGGAUCCAACCGAUUUCAGGGUCCAUUGCCUCGGUUCACAGGAAACAUAACCGAGUUAGAUCUUUCGAACAAUUUAUUUUCAGGAUCUCUUGAUCACUUCCUCUGUGAUUCAGUAGACAUCCCAAAUCACUUGAGAAUUCUUCGUCUUGAUAAAAAUCAAAUUUCAGGUCAAAUUCCAGAUUGUUGGAUGAAUUGGCAAUCACUGUCGGUCAUAAAACUUGGGAGCAAUAAUCUGACUGGAAAAAUUCCAAGCUCCAUGGGUUACUUGCGAAAUCUACAUUCAUUGCAGUUACGCAACAACAAUCUCUUGGGAGAAAUUCCGCAGUCUCUUGGAAAUUGUACAGAAUUGCUGACUCUUGAUCUUGCCGGGAAUGAACUUGUCGGAAAGGUACCAGCAUGGUUUGGAAGCAGUUUUUCUGAUCUUUUGGCUCUUAGUCUUCGCUCCAAUAUGCUGACCGGAGAAAUUCCGCCAGAAAUUUGUGGCCUCAUUUCUCUCCAAAUAAUUGACUUUGCUGACAACAAUUUGUCAGGAAGAAUACCAAAAUGCAUAGGCAAUCUCACAUCCAUGACCAGAGUACAAAAUCCAGGAACCAGGAUUUUUUAUUCUUCAACUGGUUACUUUUCCCUAGUCGAACAGUUUUUAGAGAACGCAUAUCUGGUAACGAAAGGAAGAGAAGUCGAAUACGACAGCAUUUUAACACUUGUAACGAGCUUCGACAUUUCAAACAACACGAUAUCAGGAGAGAUUCCAGAGGAAAUAACUGCUCUGUUGGGGUUGAGAUCACUGAAUUUAUCCGAAAAUGAUUUGACAGGAGAGAUACCAAAGAAUAUUGGUGAUUUACAGGUGGUGGAAUCAAUUGAUUUAUCAAGAAACAGACUUUCAGGCAACAUUCCUCAAAGCAUGGUUAGUUUGAACUUCUUAAAUUUCUUGAAUCUUUCUUAUAAUGACUUGUCAGGGGAAAUUCCAUCGAGCACUCAAUUGCAAAGCGUAGAUGCUUCGAGCUAUCUUGGCAAUAAACUUUGUGGACCUCCGCUGGAAAGCUGCGGAAACGGUAAAAUACCGCCGGCGCCGGGUACUAAUGCAGGUGGAAAAGAAGAUGGUGAUGGAGUAAAAGUGGAAGAGUUUUACUUGGGGUUGGUGGUAGGAUUUGUAGUGGCUUUCUGGGGCAUUUUUGGUUCACUAUUGUACAGCAGGUCAUGGAGACAUGCAUAUUUCAGAUUCUUGAGCAAAAUCUGGCUCAAACUGCUUGCUAGAUUUGAUUAAAUUUAUG